AUUGCAAAAUGUAAACACAACACAUUGUCAGUUACAGAAGCUUAUAAGUUAACAUAAUUUUAGUUUUCUCUCAGCUUCUCGGAAGUAUAAUGUCAGUCACCACAAACAAUUUUUAUGGAGCCAAAGGAAAGAGGAAAAUACAUCACAUAAGCAAAGUUUUGGAUGAAAAUGUGAAGAAGCUGAAAUCUGACAAAAUUCCAAAGGAAUUCCGACCUAGAAUUGAUGGUCCUUCAGUAGGUUGGAAGACAUUUUUUAGACAACAGGAAGCUUUCAGCUUUGCCAGAAGAAAAUCCUCGGAUCUUCAUGUAUUUUCCUUUGAGAGUGAGAGUUUAGGACCAGAAACUGGACAGAGGAUGUUUUUAGUGGCAUCUUAUCCUGUAUUCUGGCAUUAUUAUAGGCAGUUAGAUCAACAAAAGAAGACACAUUAUGAAUUAAUACCAGAGGGAUCAGUAUGUAAGCUCUAUUUUGAUUUAGAGUUCCCCAAAGAAAACAAUAGAAAUUGUGAUGGAAGUACAAUGACAGAUAUUUUUAUAAAGUAUGUUACAAGAUGGAUGGAAGAAAUCUUCAAAGUCAAGUGUUCAAAAGAACAUGUGCUAAGUCUGGAUGCAAGCACAGAAAAGAAGUUCAGUAGACAUUUGAUUUUUCAAUUGAAGAAAACUGCAUUUCAAGAUAAUAUUCAUGCUGGAAAUUUUGUGAAGUUCAUAUUACAGAAAUUGAAGGCAGAAAUAAACAAAUUGAAACAAAAUUUGUCUGAUGUAUUAGACUUUGAUGAGACAUCAUUCAUCUCUAAAUCUGACAAUUCCUCUGAUGAACAAACAGUACCAUGUGGGAAUAGAUUAGAUAGUCCGAGACAUUCUCAGGAACAGGAUAAAAAUGAUCAUAAAGCUUCUAAAGUUAUGGACAGAUUUACUGAGGAAGAACUUCUAUCAAUGGUUGUUAGAAACAAAAAUAAUGAAGAAACUUUAUUCUGUGAUCAAGGUGUCUACACCAAAAACCGUAAUUUCAGAUUAUUUCAGUCAAGAAAAUUUGGGAAGAGUAAUCCUCUAGUCAUUAGUGAAGACAAUCUGUACAUACCGCCCAAAGAUGAAGUAAUGUCUUAUGAACAUCUUAUAUUUAAUGAUUCACUCAUUGCUAACAUUGAGUAUUCACCAGCACUGAGGAUUCUAGAGUUUGAUUUAGAAUGUCAGUUUUCUAACAGAUUAUCCAAUGAUAAUGUUCAGGCAAAAACUUGUGGAAAAGCUGAAGAUAUAGUAGAAGGAUUUACUAAAUCACCUUAUCCAGAAAUUGAUGAUUUUAUAUCGUCUACCUUAAAGACAAAUAGUAACGCUGGUCGUAUACGACAUUGGACAUACUUUAGCCAAGGAGAAUUAAUUGUGUACGACAUUGUUGGUUAUAGAUACUGCCACAAUAUAGAAAGAGAACACAAAAGUAACAAUAUCAUGUUGUUAGCAGACCUUAAACGAGGGGUUUAUUACCAGAAGUGCCAUGAUCCAGAGUGUAAAUCUAUUAGCUACAAAUCUCCAGAUAAAUCCAUUCCUAAGGAAGCAUUACCUUCAUUUUACUUUGAUGAAAGUUUUGAUGAGUUUGAUGAAGGUGUGGAUGAUAUGGAAAUUUUGAAUGCUGCAUUGGAAGUGGAAAGAACUAUUGAUGACAGAACAAAUGAAAAUAUGGAUAAAACCUGAAGUCUUAUCACAAUUACAAUGACAUACUUGUAGUGUUUUGAUCAUGUAGAUCAUUCAGGUUUAGAUUUUAGUGUAAUCAAUGUAUAUAAUCUUACCUGAAUGUAAGUAAGUACUGACUGCCUCUAAAUGUAAUGGGAAUGUAUAGACACUUACAUUAAGUCAUAUUAGAUAGCUUGAUUCCUGUACAUACUUAAAUAUCGUAAGAGCUUUUCAAGUAACAACUUACUAUCAGUAAUUUCUUAAAGUAUACUUGUUUCAGCCAUAAAUGAAUAAAGCAAAUACCAUAUAUAUCAAUCUGCUUAUGAUCAGGUGUUAUAUGUUUGGUCCUACAUGUAUGCCUAUUUGUAUAUAUUACUAUCAUAUAUCAUCAGACACCCUGACAUUUUAAUUUGAAAACUGACAAAACUGACUCAUAAUAACCUUAUACCAAUAAGAGUGCCCAAAACUCUUUGUUUCUUUUUCAGAAUUAAUACACCAAUUAACUUGCAUGCUUUGAAGUCAAUGCAAAGGAAAUGCUUUUUCAGCUCAGUUGGUUAGCACUUUGGGUCAGUAGUCAUCCUUUGUCCACGUUGUAAAUGUUUUAAAAAAUUUUCUUCUGUGGCUUUACCUGACCAUUUUCAACUAAACUUUGGCUGAAUGAUACUUAUAGUAUCUAGUAUAAAGUUUUUUUGUUUUUAUUCCUGUCUAUCAACAAACAUGGACAUCAUGGCUAAAAAUAAAACAUAAGGUGGAAA